UUUUCAGUUAAUUUUGGCAGUCAUUUAGUCGGCUAAAUUCAAGGAAGGUAUUUAAAUAAGAAAAUGACGGAUUCAGAUGGGAACAGUUUAGAGGUAGACAACGACGGUGUGGUGAUAGGUGUGCUGUAUCCUGGGAGUCCUGAGCUGGUCAACAAAAGAAUUCCCUAUGUGGACGAGGAUGGGGAGGAGCAGACCCAUGAGUCGGCGAAAAAGUUCCUGCUGGAAACAGAAGGUAUCCCAAACCCGGAGAGGUACAAACUCAUCUGGGUGCGACCCUCGGGGGUGGAGGUGGAGCUGAACGAUGCCAACCCCAUCAGUGACGUCAUGAAGGGGGCGGGAGGUUACCUGGAGAUUCGUCGCGCUUGACUGCACACGAGCUGUUAAAUAUUUCUUUUAAGAGAUUUGUUGCAUGGUUACAUAGUGCUUGAAUAUACAACAACUGGGAUUAAAUAGCGCUUAAAUA